AUGAAGCUGACAACCCUCCUCCUCCUCCUAUUUACAUCGGCCCUCGCCCUGGCCGGAAUACCCCCGUAUGAGAUACAUGCAAUAUACCCAGCCGAGGGCUCCAACUCGUCCUCGUCCUUCAACUCGUCUCGUGUCAUCAACCCGUCCCAGGCCUCCAACUCGUCCGCGGCACGCCUCCUCACCAGAGGAAGGCCGGAGCUCCUCGCCAGAGGAGACGACCUCACGGAGAAGACGCCCAUCCCCUCGGGCCACAGCUUCUGCCACAAGCCGGACUGGGUCCCCAACACGAAAGACUACCACGCCGCCAUCAGCCUCCUCUUCGACGCCCCCCAGUUCUUCGUCCCCAGCCAGAGCGUCCGCUACGCCCUCUACGGCGACGCCGUCGUCUACAUCUGCAACCCCGGCGGCGUCAACACCGGCAGCCUCCUCGAGUUCAUGGAGGCCAUGGCCGACCUCGACGCCGAGUGCGGGCCCGGCAAGCCCGGCAAGCGAGUCCUCACCGCCUGGGACAAGUACUACGGCCGCACCGUCCGCGGCGGCACCAUCUGCGACCUCGAGGGCAGGCACAGGAACCCCUACGGCGGCAAGACCGGCCUGCCGAGCGACCUCGCGGACAAGGUCAAGGCCGGCUGCAAGUCCCACGUCAACGGGUUCCUGUCCAUCUUCGACGGCUGGAAGGACAGGCCCGAGUGCUACGACUCCGCCGCCCGCGAGGGCAGGAUGAGGAAGCUCCGGGCCCGGUUCCCGUGGUACAAGCGGGAGUCCGACAACGAUCGGGACUACGACGUGCCUUACAUGAAUGUAGAGGGGGAGGAGGACCGGGAAAGUGACCGGGAAAUCGAGAGCCAGGGCCAGAACAACGAGGGAAAGAACGGCCAGGAAAAUGAAGAUGAAAAGGGGCGCGACUAG